GUAACGUUUUUGUGAUAAUUUACCGCAGAAAAAGGGGAUUUCUUUAUAGAUUAAUUAUGAUCUCAUACAUUUAGUGGUUUAUAAAUACUUGAUAACUUGUUAAUGGAAGAACGUAGAUGUAGUUUUGUUUAGGAAUUAUAAAGAAAACAUUGUUCUCUAAUUUAGUUAAUUCAGGCAUCAAAGAAUAUUUUUAGAAAUUUCCAAAAUGAUCUUACUUUAUGUUUUGGUAACUUUAUAUAGUGGAAGUGCUUUGGCACAAAGCCAAGUGAAAUUUUAUUACUAUUCGUCGCCAACUACUGCGGUGGUCCAAUUAGAGGCGAUUGGCAUAGCAGCUGCUAACAUUGAUAAUACAAGACCAUUAAAAAUUAUAUGUCAUGGUGCUGACGCAAAUAUUAACGUAGAUUGGUACACUCCAAUGAUCAGUGCUUAUUUAAAUAAAGGAUAUCAAGCGAUCGCUGUUGAUUGGGGCGAACUAGCUUCAUCUGCUGAAGUUGUUAGUUCGAUUAAUUUAGUUGGAAAUCUAAUUGGAACUUAUAUCAUUGCUAUUCAAGAAACGUUUGAGUUUCCUUUGGAAAACAUUCACUUUAUUGGACAUUCAUUAGGUGCUCAUAUUGGUGGAUAUGCAGGAAGAUUAGUAAGACAAGUCGUAGGUACAAAUUUUGCUCGAAUAACCGGCUUAGAUCCAGGAACCGAUUUAACAUUAAACAUAUUUGGGAGAACCGUUAUGACACCAUCAGAUGCUGAUUUUGUGGAUGUUAUACACACCAUGGCUGGAACUGGAGGGAUUGGAUACUCAGUUGGUACAGCUGAUUUUUAUCCAAACGGUGGUGCAUUACAACCAAAUUGUUUAAACAUUCUUAAUCUUGUAUGUAGUCAUACAAGAGCACCUUGGUUAUUUAUAGAAAGCAUCAAUAGUAGCGGUUUCCUAUCUAGGAGAUGUGACUCAUGGUUAAAUUAUGCUUUGGGAUUAUGUAAUGGAAACUCUGUUGCUCUUAUGGGAGAUAGAUGUUCAACUUCAGCUUCUGGGGAUUAUUAUUUAUCUACAAAUGGUAAUCCACCAUAUGCACAAGGAUAAUAAACUUAUUUCAAAAUGAAUAAAUAAUUUCAAAUUGCA